GGCGCGGACGCCGGGCGAGGACCAGUCGCUCACCGUACGCCAAACAGCAAGUUACUUAACAUGGACAACGAAACACAAAGCCUCGAAGCCAUCAUCAACAACAAUCUUAGCGGGCGAGACCUCGAGGAAUUCAACAGGAUCUACUAUGGCAGGAAGAAUCACCGCGAAGUUACCCUGAAGCCGGCUUCUCUAGCAGCUGCCAAAGACGCCAACUUUGAUAUCCUCGCUUACGAAUUCCCAGCCAAGCCGGAGCAAACGAGACCACCGCGCAUCGUCAAAGUUGGCGUCAUUCAACAUUCUAUUGCUAUCCCCACCGACCGCCCAGUCAAUGAGCAAAAAAGAGCCAUCCUAGACAAAGUCAAGAAGAUCGUAGAUGUGGCCGGCCAAGAGGGAGUGAACGUCAUUUGUUUCCAAGAGCUAUGGAACAUGCCCUUCGCCUUCUGCACGCGGGAGAAGCAACCGUGGUGCGAAUUCGCCGAAUCAGCCGAAAAUGGCGAAACUACAAGGUUCUUGAGUGAACUUGCUGCUAAAUACGGCAUGGUCAUUGUCUCAUCCAUCUUGGAGAGAGACGAGAAGCAUUCAGAGAUACUAUGGAACACUACUGUGGUUAUAAGCGACUCUGGUAACGUAAUCGGCAAGCACAGGAAGAACCAUAUCCCUAGAGUGGGUGAUUUCAACGAGUCCAACUAUUAUAUGGAAGGGAACACUGGUCAUCCAGUUUUCGAGACGCGUUUUGGUAAAAUCGGAGUGAGUAUUUGCUUUGAUCGCCAUCACGUUUUGAAUUGGUUGAUGUUCGGCCUUAACGGGGCAGACAUCGUCUUUAACCCGUCAGCGACCGUCGCCGCAGAAGCUGGCAGUGAGUACAUGUGGGACAUUGAGGCUAGGAACGCUGCCAUUACCAACUGUUACUUCACAGCCGCCAUCAACAGGGUUGGUUACGAGCAUUUCCCUAAUGAGUUUACGUCUGCUGAUGGAAAGCCGGCGCAUAAUGAUUUGGGAUUGUUUUACGGUUCGAGUUACAUCUGUGGUCCGGAUGGGGUAAGGUGUCCGGGAUUGUCGCGCACGAGAGAUGGUCUUUUGAUUGGCGUUUUGGAUUUGAAUAUGAACAGACAGAUAAGAGACCGCCGUUGCUACUAUAUGACCCAGCGUCUGGACAUGUAUGUGAACAGUCUGAGCAAAGUCUUGGAGCUGGAUUACAAGCCGCAGGUAAUAAGGGAGCACGAGAGCGAGAAGUGAAAUAAUUGACUGAAGUUAGUGUAAGAAAUGGUUAUGUUUGUAACAAUGCAAUAAAAUGUUUAUUUGAAGUUA